AUGCAUGUGGCUGUGGAAGGCUGCGUUCACGGCCAGCUUGACCUGAUAUACUCCAAAAUUAGGGAAAAGGAAAUCGCAGACAACAUAAAGGUGGACCUGUUGCUUUGCUGCGGUGAUUUUCAGGCCAUCCGCAAUGAAUCUGAUUUAGAAGAUCUACAGUGUCCGCCGAAAUAUAAGGCUUAUCACGAUUUUAAGGACUAUUACAACGGGAUCAAAGAGGCACCUGUGCUUACAAUAUUCGUGGGAGGAAACCACGAGGCACCGGCUUUUCUCAAGGAGCUGUACUACGGGGGUUGGGUGGCGAAGAACAUUUAUUAUAUGGGCCACUCCGGAGUGGUGAAUGUUAAUGGAAUACGCAUCGCGGGUCUAUCCGGAAUAUAUUAUCACAGAGACUACACCCGUGGGUUCUUCGAGCAGCAACCGUAUGAUGAGCACUCGAAAAAAUCGGCUUAUCACGUGCGGGAGUAUGAUGUUAAAAAACUGCAGCUGAUAGAAGAACCGAUUGACAUUUUCUUAUCGCAUGACUGGCCCCGAGGCAUUGAACAUUUUGGUGAUACUGCAGACCUUAUGAGGAGGAAACCCUUCCUAACACCCGAUAUACAAGACAGAAAUCUUGGCAAUCCACAUGCGUGGGAGCUGCUUGCGAAAUUAAAGCCACGAUUUUGGUUUGCCGCCCACUUGCAUGUAAAGUUCGAGGCGAAUGUUAAACACGACUUUGGGAAUACAUACUUCCUCGCAUUGGACAAGCCCAUGCCGGGCAGGCAUUACAUCGAGUACCUGCAUGUAGAUCCCGUACAGAACAUCAAACACACGAAUGAUGAGGACGUAUCUAUCUGCUAUGAUGUCGAAUGGCUUGCAAUCGUGGCUUUAAAUGCCCAAAAAAUGCCCCUAAAUUCGUUUCCGUCCGUUGUAGAACUCAAUCUAAACAAACCAGAGGAAAAGGAUAAAAAUUUUAUCAAGCGUGCACUAAUGCAGGAGACCAGCGAACCCCAUACAGUUGAUGGAACAGCGUUAUAUCCGAUACCAAGACCUACGUCUGAAUCUAUAAAGGAACCAGCAAAACAGAGGACAAAUCUAAUGACGCUUUUGGGCUUGUAUGAUAACGACUACUUUACCGCUAAACGUACUGCCAGAUUUAAGGUUAAAUUCAAAUAG